CGGACUUUUGUUAAUAUUUAUUGCUAAUGUGUAGGCCUUUGUAUUAAUUUUCUACUUUUUUACUUUCAUGUUAUUUUUCUGUUAUUUUAUUCCAUUUUCUUUUUACUCUACUUGUUUGUUAUUUCUGUACUUGUCACGACAUUUCUUUUAAUUUUUUAACUUCAAGCGCCUUUUUCACAUUCGGGCUUGAAUUCCCUAAUUUAAACCCCUUGACUCGACGUGGCGUAUCUCGGCACGUUUUCUUCUUUUCUUCUGCGCAUACAUAUAUAUAUAUUAUAUUUGACACAAUAACUGCAAAGUAACGGUAUCCGUGCACAACCGUGCAGACUCACAAACCCACCUAAAAUCGUAUUAUCAUUCUUACUGCGCAAAAAUGACCACACAAGCGAAUACAGACGACGCGUUCAAAAAGCAUUGCAUCGCGAUUGGUGAGUACACACGGAAUCAGUACCGAAGACUCCAGAAGUGCGAGUCACAGCCAGCACUCGAGACCAUCUGGGGCGACAUACUCAUCCACAGACUGGCGCUGCAAGAGUACUGCGAGGAGUUAAUAUUAUCCUGCCCUGAGCAGGCCAACGACGUUUCAGCAGACAGGUUUCUGUGGAAAUACGUCUACUACGACGCAAUCACCGAAUGCCGCAAACGCCUGCGGCUCCACGUACCUCUACAUGAUCUCUCGCACACAUCAUCAAUUACCGGAAGCAUGCGCAGCUCCGAUCGUUUGGGCAGCACGGAUGGAAGCAUGGUGCGGAGCAGCAGGGCCAAUAGUGAGGGGCCGCUCGAGGAAUGGCAGGAGAAAUGGUGGACAAUGAUCCUGGCCACCCUAUUUAACGAGGCCCUGGGAUACUUUCAGUGCCUGUAUAGCCGCAUGAGCUCGAGACUUGAGGCCAGUCCGUUGACGUACGCCAAGCGGUACUUGAACUCAGAGCAGUACCGUUUGCCGCCGGCCUACAUGAUUGCCCGGCGUCUGUACAUGUAUAUAGGGGACGUCUAUCGAUACCAGUUUAUGUAUCUGCCAUUGUUGAGCUACGGCAACAUUGGUCCGAUAGACGCUGCAGAAAUUUUAAAGUUGGCGCGGUGGACGUACGGAAGGGCGAGUGCAAUGUUUUUUGACAAUGGGCGUGCGAAUAUCCAAAUUGCAAUAUUAUCGACAUAUUCACACAGCCUUCUCAACGCAGUAUUCUGGCACAUGUGCAGCAUGUGCUAUGUAGAAAGCUCGCCCGGAAGUCGUAAGCGUGGCAUGACAAGCAUUUCCGCCGCGUAUGCCAAGCAGGAGCUCGCCGAGGUCAGUGAUCCAAUUGAAUCCCUUAUUAUUAAAUUUUCCCAGGCUGUCAUUACGGGCGGAGGAUCCAGCUCGGUGGUUUUUACGGUAUACGAGGACCUGCUGGCAGAGUUUAAUGCCGAUUUGGACGAGAUCACGAAUAGCCCAGCGAUUUUAAACUUGGAUGGUGAUUUUUGGGUACGUGAGUACCAGCUCAGUGUCAUCCUGGGCUCCCUGCUGACCGUUGUCUCUGAAUACCCCACAUGGAAUGCCGAGUCUCAGCGGUACCUGCUGUGGAUUCAGCAUCUGGCACUGACUCUGCUGCUGCGACAAGCGCUGUGCUUGCAGCAGACACUGGACAUUGGCGAAGCAGACCCCCCCAGCACUGUGUAUCCGCUGAUAAGCCUGGCACUGUGGAUCGAUAUAUGGCGCUCGACCCCCCAUUUAACCGAAACGUUUAAAUUUGCCUGUGAGGUGUGCCCAGAGUUUGGCCAAAGUGCCGAGUCAUUUUUCGAUUGUCUGGUUCGGCUCGUUCGCGAUUACUCGGACUACGGCUUGACAGCCCAGCACGCGGAUCAAUAUGCGGAGAUGGCGAAUGGCGUGUUGCCGCAUGACCUUUCACUAAUGGGUUGGAUGUCUCUGCGUGCGGUUCAAAGGCGAGUCAGGUAUCAGAUCAUUGACACACUCCCGCUCAUCUGUCCGUCAGCGGCUGGUAGUCCGGUGCUUGCUGGAAAUGCACAAAUCAAGUGCACUGAUGCAGAUGGGAAUGGUGAACCACUUUCGCACUUGUGGUCCAAUACAGCUAACAUAAUGGGUGUGGUAUUUGCCCGGGCCCAAGAGCUAAUUUUGGCUGAAGCUACGCGCGGCGCAAUGCCAUUUCUGGGCUGGGAUUCUGCGCAGCAGCUCUUUGUUGGCACCAGUGAAUUGCCUUCAGAGGCUGAACAUCCUGAAAACGAGCAAAACAAUACCAACAGCGCAAACGCAAGUCUAUCAAUAGAUAAAGAGAGUCCUGACUCCACUAACAUGACACAGCAUCUGCUUUGGCCUUUGCGUAUCCCAGACGUGGACAUGUGGUGCUCACAUUUGUCCGCAGUGCAAGAAUGGCUCGAAUCAUCGACAUUUGGUGUAUUUCUUACAAACAACGUACACCAAGCACUUUUUGAUCUUAAAAAGUCUGGCGAUGGCAAGAUAUUGUCGUCAAAUGCCACUGCAGCCUUGCAGCUGAUUCACGACUACGUGUCAAAAGUCGACUCGCCCCUGGUCAUUCAACAAUUGCCAGGCGAUGCAUUAGAUAAGUGGGAAGAUGCCAACGUGUUUUUGCAGUACGAUGAGGACGAGGAUGUGCCGGUUGCAGAGGAUGUGCCGAAAACAAUGCGCGAUAUUCUUUCGUGUGCUAUUCGCUUGGCGGACACCAGAUAUUCCCAGCAUGGUGUGGAGAUUGUUACUGAUGACGAAGAGCUUGGGUAUUAUGCGUCGUGGUUUGGAAUUCAGUGCAUGCCAUCGGCCCUGUAUUUAUUUAAUGAUGAAUAUAAUUUAUAAUAUAAAGUGUCCAUAAUCUAAGUAAAAGCGAUAAAGUUAAACAAUUGUAUUCAUUAUUUUUAACGCAACGAAAUUAAUUUUUG